GGUGUCGCCACUGUACUGUCUCUCGGUAGAGGACGUUGGAGUCACAGUGAGGGAACGCGCUCCCAGUACUCACUCAGCCCGUAUCGGUUUUAGGAGAAAACCCUCUCGAAGUCAAGCAGCAUGUUCUCCAGAAUCGCCAGACCCGCGGGCAGCCUUGCCAGGUGUCUCUCCACCUCCUCACAGAAUAAUGCUAAGGUGGCCGUUUUGGGGGCAGCUGGUGGAAUUGGUCAGCCUCUCUCACUCCUGCUGAAGAACAGUCCACUUGUAAGUGAACUCUCUCUGUACGAUAUUGCCCACACACCCGGCGUUGCUGCUGACCUCAGCCACAUCGAGACCAGAGCCAAGGUCACAGGUUACAUUGGACCUGACCAGCUGGAGGCUGCACUGAAAGGCUGUGAGGUUGUGGUUAUCCCUGCUGGUGUCCCAAGAAAACCUGGGAUGACCCGUGAUGAUUUGUUUAACACCAAUGCCACCAUCGUGGCCACUCUGUCUGAUGCCUGCGCCCGAGCCUGCCCUGAGGCCAUGAUCUGCAUCAUCGCUAACCCAGUGAACUCUACCGUCCCUAUAACCUCAGAGAUGAUGAAGAAGCAUGGCGUCUACAACCCCAACAGAGUGUUUGGAGUUACAACGCUGGACAUCGUCAGAGCCAAUGCAUUCGUUGCUGAGCUUAAAGGUCUUGACCCAGCUCGAGUUAAUGUGCCAGUUAUAGGAGGUCAUGCUGGAAAGACUAUCAUCCCUCUGAUUUCACAGUGCACUCCUAAAGUGGAGUUUCCUGAAGACCAGCUGUCUGCUUUGACUGUCAGGAUUCAGGACGCAGGGACUGAGGUGGUGAAGGCCAAGGCAGGAGCAGGUUCUGCCACCCUGUCUAUGGCCUAUGCCGGUGCCAGGUUCACCUUUUCUCUCCUCGACGCCAUGAAUGGAAAGGAGGGUGUAGUGGAGUGUGCGUUUGUCAGAUCAGAGGAGACGGAGUGUAAAUAUUUCUCCACACCGCUGCUUCUGGGGAAAAACGGCAUUGAGAAGAACCUUGGCGUGGGGACACUCUCAGUAUUUGAGAAGAAGCUGGUUGCUGAAGCAUUAGGUGAACUGAAAGGUUCCAUCAAGAAAGGAGAGGAUUUCGCUACUAACCUGAAGCUGUGAGCACUUAAUGUAAAGAGUCAUAUUUAUAUAGCUGUGAACCUAAUGUCUUUGAGGGGCUCCGUGAAACUGAUUUUUCCAUUUGCUCAAAACUGAUCAGAAACUUCCAUCAAUAAAAACAGACUGCUUACCAACUUUAAA